AGUCCCGGGCCGGGGACUCGGAAGAGCGCGCGGCCGCGAGCCGGGCCGGGCUGGGCACAGCGCCUUUUGUCCCCAGAGCCUCCUGCAAGUUCGCUGCGGGACGCGCGCGGGCGGCCCGACGUCGCCGGCAUGGGCAGCGGGUUCGGCGCGGGGGGCGUGCUGCUGGCCCUGGCCGCGGGGCUGCUGGCCUCUGGCUCGGCCAGCGAGUACGACUACGUGAGCUUCCAGUCGGACAUCGGCGCAUACCAGAGCGGGCGCUUCUACACCAAGCCGCCGCAGUGCGUGGACAUCCCGGCGGACCUUCGGCUGUGCCACAAUGUGGGCUACAAGAGGAUGGUGCUGCCUAACCUGCUGGAGCACGAGACCAUGGCCGAGGUAAAGCAACAGGCCAGCAGCUGGGUGCCCCUGCUCAACAAGAACUGCCACAUGGGCACGCAGGUCUUCUUGUGCGCGCUCUUCGCCCCCGUGUGCCUCGACCGGCCCAUCUACCCGUGCCGCUGGCUCUGCGAGGCCGUGCGCGACUCCUGCGAGCCCGUCAUGCAGUUCUUUGGCUUCUACUGGCCCGAGAUGCUCAAGUGCGACAAGUUCCCCGAGGGGGACGUCUGCAUCGCCAUGACCCCGCCCAAUGCUACCGAAGCCUCGAGACCCCAAGGUACGACUGUGUGUCCUCCAUGUGACAACGAGUUGAAAUCUGAGGCCAUUAUUGAGCACCUCUGUGCAAGCGAGUUUGCACUGAGGAUGAAAAUAAAAGAGGUGAAAAAAGAAAAUGGUGACAAGAAGAUUGUCCCCAAGAAGAAGAAGCCCCUGAAGUUGGGACCCAUCAAAAAGAAGGAACUGAAGAGGCUGGUGCUGUUCCUGAAGAAUGGGGCCGACUGCCCGUGCCACCAGCUGGAUAACCUGAGCCCUCACUUCCUCAUCAUGGGCCGGAAGGUGAAGGGCCAGUACCUGCUCACGGCUAUUCACAAGUGGGACAAGAAGAACAAGGAAUUCAAAAACUUCAUGAAGAAGAUGAAAAACCAUGAGUGCCCCACUUUUCAGUCAGUCUUUAAGUGAUUCCAACUGGUGGGGGGUAGGGAGCGGUGUGGGUGGGGGAGAGGUUGGACAGUGGAUGCUCCUGGGGGCUGUGAUCGCACACACACUGCUCCUGUUGGUGCAGUGGGUGUGGACGCUGCAAUCAGCUGGCUUUGUUCUCACAGCUUCCCCACCCUUCCCUUCCUAGCACCUCACACCCCAGGAUAGCCAGGUCAGGUAAGGAGGGCCACUCAGCUUAGGAAGGCUUUGGACAGCUGCAGCGGGAAAUGGCAAGCAUAGCACAAAGGGGCAGACCCGUUGCACCCAGAGACACAGACACUAAAAGAGAAAGUUUCUGGAUAAGUCCCAGUUUCAAAAAAAGAGGGAUCAGGCAAAAAGUGAGAGGGUAUCAAACUGUCAUGGAGGUUGUGAAUUGCUUAUGGAUUUAUUGGCUAACCUGGGCCUUGGAACUAGUGCCUUUUAGCUAUUGGUGAGUCCCGUCGCUUUCAGUUUCAGGGUAAGUUCUCUUUCUGUCUGCAUUAGAUAGGAACAAAUGCAUCCAGGCUUAUCAUAUAAGAUCUGUUCAGAAAGUAACAGGUGCAGGGAUGCAAAGCACUCAUGAAGUAUAUAAUUGUGGGAAUGAAGGGACCAGGAGGAAGGUGACUGCCUGCUGAGCCCUCGGGCCUUGUGAGUGUCUCAUGGUGAGUCAGCCAUGGUCAGAUGCCCUGGCCAUGGAGGCUCCCAUCAGCCCUCUACAUAACCUGCUCUCCAGAUACUUAGAGGGCUGGAAAGAAAGAAGAACACAGAGGGCAGGAGGAAGAGGAGCAUUUUCAGGGUGAGGAGGGAGUGGUUAAUAGUUUUCCAAAGACAGUUAAAGAAGAAAAAAAGAUUCAAAAUUAAAACAGUUGAGCAAAUAACUAGCUGGGUGAAUUGUGAAGUUGGAUGAAGAGCUUUGUAUGCUAAUUGGAUUUGUUUAUUCAUUUCACAUUUUUUAAAAAAAACAAUGGUAAGACAAAAACCCACUUACUUUUCAAGGUUUAAAAAGCAUUGAGCAUUUGAAGAGUGAACAAAGUCCAAGUUCUCCUGAUCAACUUGUGGCUGCUCUUGAGAGUGGUGGCUCUCCAAUCUCCCCGGGCAUUUUUAGUAGGAGGAGGAUUCACCCAGCAGCGAAAGGCCAGCUUUGGACCCUCCUUCCUGGGCAGCCUCAGUCACCCUGGAGCCAGUACUACCAGGACAGUUUCACGGUGCUUCCCAUCUCUGCUUUCCUAUGAAGAAGCCAGUUCAUUUUAGCUUGGUUGCCCAUAGAUCAAAGAGAUUCAGAGCAUCCUGCCUGCCUGACCCCUCCAUGUUUCAGUUUUCCAUGUCUCAGCAGGAAAAUUGACACAGGGUCCCUAUCCAAGAAGAGAGUUUUGAAGACAAACCAUCUCUGGUUUUCCCAAAUGCCUGCAGAUGUCCCCCAAAGCCAUUAUGCUUUAGCAAUAAUGUAAAUAAAGUAGUUCUCUAGAAAA